AUGGCCGACAGAUCGCCUCAACAAAUUCUUAAAGAUUCUCACGUUAAUGGCUCAAUAGGUAGUAACUCUUCUCGAGGUGGUCAUUCCAGUGAAGAGAAUGGUAGAUCUUCUGGUACUCCUUUUCGUACUUACCAUAACGCUGAGGCUAGUUUCCAAUCUUCACCAGAAGGUUCUCCGUACCGAAUUAAGACGCCUCAAUUAACUCCUUACUCGAAACCAUAUACUGAUUAUCC